UUUUUUAUUAUUAUCUCUUUAGACUUCCCACCUUCUUUAUUAUUAUUAUUUUUUUUUUUUUUACUUUUACAUUUUUUCUUCCUUUCUCUUUCUUCUCUAUUUUGAUUGAUUCAGUAUUUCUUUUUUUAUAUAAAAACCAUGGACGAAACUAAAACUGAAACCACUCACCAUCAAGGAGGACGUAUUCAACCUCGAAGAAGUAGUAGAUCAGCACUAUCAGGGUCACCUACUACUAAAGAAGAUAGGAACGGAACAUUACAAGAAACAAAUUCACCAUCUGUGCCUACUCCACCACCACCACCACCACCAUCAAACAAUCCGGAUACUCCUCCUUCAACUAGCUCCACAACUACCCUAUCAACCAAUCAUCAUUCACGUGUCACAAGGUCACUGUCUGCCGACUCAAACAGCAAUGAAGAAUCAUCCAAUUCAAAUCCAAAUACUAGUAAUACAACAUUGAAUGGUAAACGACGUCGUAAUACGAAUAAUAGUAAACAAUCCAACAAGAAGAAAUCCAGUAAUUCAUCAGCCUCAUCACCAUCAACAAAUGCUAAAAGUCCACCACGUGGUUCUGGUGAUGAUUUUGAACGUGAAACUCGGAAUACCACUCAACGAUUAUCCAAAGAAGCUAAAGAUGCAAGAAAGGCAGAAAGGGAAAUCAUUGUGAAGAAGAAAUUAUCUGAAUUAGAGGCAUUAGAACGAACGGUGAAAGAUCAAUCUCAUGAAGAAUAUCAAAAACUUUUGGAAGAAUUACAAUCAAAACGUAGCAAAAAGUUAAGUGUGGCUCAAGGACGACAUGCUUUAAUGGAAUCCAAUUUCAAAAAUGGUUUUCUUGCUCAAAAGAAAUCAGCUUUUGACAAAUUUUAUGUAAGGAAAAAGAUGACACAUGAUAUACAUCACUUAUGCAUCACUUUUACCCCCCCUUUUUUUUUUUUUUUUAGUUGGACAAAUUGGCAUUAAGACGAAAGAUGAUGAAUCAAGUACAACAAAAGAUCAAUAAAAUCGAACAAGAAUACUUUUCUUCUCAACAAGGAACAAAAAGCUCAUUGGAUGAUCAAAAUUUGAGUGAAUGGGCUCCUCCUGAUAGACCAUCUAUGAUCAGUUCUUUGACUUUAGGUUUGGAUGAACAAGAAGUAACUCAAGAUUUUCCUGAAUUACAAGAUCCAUCAACACAAUCCAUAGAAGAAUGUCAUCCAUUAGAUCGAUCAAAGAAGGAUCCUCUUCCAUUAAUAUCUUCCACAUGAUUCCCCUUUUCGUCACACCUUGUUUUUAUCCAAUCCUUCUCUCUCUUUUCUCUUUUUUCUUUCUUUGUCUUUACCCCAUUUGUAGUUACGUCUUUUCUUUAUUAUUAUUAUUAUUAUUAUUAUCA